AUGAUUUCAGCUUUGCCGUCAAGUUCGUCGUCGUCACAAUUACAGUUGAGUGGCGUAAAGAAUCCGGUAAAACGGGAGUCACCGCAGUUAAAAGUGGAAAACAUCGCAAGAGCUGGUACGCCAAAACCGCUGGCUCCGCCCACGUCCAUAUCGGAAUGGCAGUUGCUAGCGGUCCUGCAACGAGCGAAUCUUGUACAGUACUAUGAUAUGUUUAUUUCACAAGGGGGAGACGAUAUCAAUCAAAUAAUGCAAUGUGAUGAAGGGGAAUUCUUGGAGAUCAUGUCACUCGUCGGUAUGCUGUCGAAGCCACUACAUGUCCGACGCUUACAACGAGCUUUAACAGAAUUCUCAAAAGAUCAAACCACCUUCAACUUGGCCGCCAUUCAACAUAUUGGCCCACCGCCAGUAUCACCGUACGCAUUGGGUGGUCCUGAUAUGUCAUUCCUCAUGCCUGGGUUCGCAACGACCCUUACGAGUCUGUCGUCCGCGUCCCCGGGCUUAGCAUCGACGUCGACUGAAACGACAUCACCGCAGAAUGGAAACGCCACUCACAACUCGGUACCGUUGGGUUAG